AUGAGGUUUACUCAAGUUUUACAGAACUUCAGCAAGAAACCAAGGAAUACAGUGUUAGUGAGAGAAGGUCAAGCUGUGGUUCUUCUCUGUGGCCCGCCACCCCAUUACGGAGAGAUCAAAUACUCAUGGGUUUUCAACGGACAGCUCAGCUUCCUGCAGCAGGAUGCUCGUCGCUUCAUCUCUCAGAGGACCGGAAACUUGUACAUCGCUAAGGUUGAAGCUUCGGAUGCAGGGAAUUACACAUGUGCAGUGAGAAACAUGAUGACCAAUGCUACAGUGAUCAGCUCCCCAACUCCCGUGGUGGUGCGAAGGGACGUUGUGAUGGGUGAAUAUGAGCCAAAGAUAGAGGUUCACUUUCCUGACACUCUCCAUGUCUCCAAAGGAUCAUCAGUGAAGCUGGAAUGCUUCGCUUUAGGAAAUCCCGUACCCUCUAUCUCCUGGAGGAAAGCCGAUGGAAAUCCACUCCCUGGCAAGAUUAAAAUCAACCACUCCACUGGGGACCUGGAAAUUCCAUAUUUUCGCCCAGAGGAUGCCGGUGUGUACGAGUGUGUCGCCGAGAACAGCAGAGGAAGAAAUGUGGCCAGAGGACAGCUCAUAUUUCAAAAUGUUGAACAUCUUCAAUGGUCCCAGAUGCUGAAAGAUGCACAUAUGGCAAUUGGUGCCAAUUUACAAUGGGAAUGUAAAGCCAUUGGUAAGCCUCAACCAUCUUAUCGAUGGUUAAAGAAUGGUCAUCCACUACCAACAGAGGGGAAAGUUCAUAUUGAAGCAGGGAGACUUAUCAUAUCCAAGAUCAGUUUAUCAGACUCAGGGAUGUAUCAGUGCGUGGCAGAAAAUGAAUAUGGAUCUAUCUAUGCAAGCGCAGAGCUAAAGGUUGUAGCUUCACCGCCCGACUUUACUCAGCGGCCUGUGAAGAAGUCCACAGUGAUCCAGAGAGGGGGGGAGGUGGUGUUAGAAUGUCGGCCCAACGCUUCACCCAGGGCCGUGAUUUCCUGGUGGCGAGGGGGAAAACUCCUGAAAGACAGUGAGAGACACACUAUCUCAGAUGAUGGAAAUCUGCGAAUCACCAAUAUCUCUAAAUCUGAUGAGAGCCGGUAUACAUGUGUGGCCAGAAACCAUUUUGGAGCGUCGAGCAGCACAGGAGCUCUGGUGGUGAAAGAGCCCACCAGGGUUAUUGUUCCACCUUUGACUUCAGAUGCAACUGUGGGACAGAGUCUUGUGUUACCUUGUGAAGUGUCCAGUGAUUCAUCUCUAAACCCCAACUUCAAGUGGUUCUUCAACGGUAAAGCCAUAGACUUCAGUCGGCAGGAGCACUACGAGAUGAUUGGAGGGGCUGAUGCACAUUUCUUCCUUCUGGCUCUUGCAGGACCUCCUGGUCACCCGGAUGUUCCAAUAGUGACUAAUGUCACUGAUACAACAGUUCAGCUGUCCUGGAACGCUGGACCUGACCAUCAUAGUCCCAUCACCAUGUACAUGGUGCAGGCUAGGACCCCUUUCUCUAUCGGCUGGCAAACAUUGAAAACUGUUCCUGAUUCUGUGCCUGGACAGAUGAUGCAAGCAACAGUGCAGGAUUUGAACCCCUGGGUGGAGUAUGAAUUCAGGGUGGUGGCAAUCAACAAUGUUGGUGUUGGAGAACCCAGCACGCCAUCCAAACAGAUUCGAACCAAAGCAGCAGUUCCCAAGGUUUCACCAGUUAAUGUUAGUGGCGGUGGGGGAGCUCGAGGAGAGCUCAUCAUUACGUGGGAGCCAGUUCCAGAGGAACAGCAGAGCGGAGAGGACUUCGGCUACAUUGUGGCUUUCCGCCAACUUGGCAGCAGCACCUGGAUCCAGACAGUGCUCGCUUCCCCAGACACAUCAAGAUAUAUCUACAGAAAUGACAGCAUCACACCCCUGUCCCAGUAUGAAGUGACUGUGGGUGUUUACAACAGCAUGGGAGAGGGGCUGUUCAGCCAUGUUGUUACAGUGCUUUCUGCAGAUGAAGAGCCAUCUGAGGCACCAUCAGUUGUAAGGGCACAUGCUGUGUCUGCAUCUGAGAUUGAGGUGUGCUGGGAACCAAUUUCUUCUACAUCCAGCAGCGAGAUCAUAGCAUACGAGGUCCUCAUUUGGGCAGAGGGGUUUGAGCAGAGUAAGGCAAACGGAGUGAAAGUUAUCAACAGCUCAGCUCUGCUCUCCGGUUUGAAGGGCAGCACACUUUAUCAGAUCGCAGUCAGAGCCCAGAACAGUGCUGGAUUUGGACCCUGGAGCCCCUUUUUUAAUAUCACCACCAAGAAACCACCGCCAAGUCAUCCUCCUAGGGGCAUUAAAUGGAACCUGACCAACUUGAAGAUCAUUUUGAAGUGGGAACACGUCAAGGCAAUGCAGAAUGAGUCCAAGGUGAUGGGAUACAAGGUUGUGUAUCGACAGAGCUGGCAUGCUCGAACUACAGUACUUGAAACCAAUAAGACCAAUGUGGAACUGCAAAUCCCUUCUGGAGAGGACUACCUAAUAGAGAUCAAAGCUUUGACUGAAGGGGGGGAGGGUGCCAGCAGUGGCCCCAUUCGCAUACCAAAAAUGUCCAGUAAGUUUUCAAAGACUCUGAAGCACAUAAAUUAUUAA